GCAGUGGAUAAACGAAACGAGCUCACCGAUCGCUGCAGAUAGUGGAUAUACAAAAACAGAAAGAUACGGCAGGUACCCAUCGACGGAAGACUACAUAAACGACGAGGUUCAGGACGAAGGGUAUCAUUUCAAAAUCAGAUCUCAAAGAGUGAACAUACAAAAUAACUCUAAAUCGCAAAAAAAAACCUUCUCUUCAUUUCUAAAAAUAAAACGAUUUUGUAUUAUUUACAUUUUUCGAACGAUCAACUGAGUCAAGGAAAAAAAAAAACUAUCUUUAUCUAUAUCGGCCAGAGUCAUCGUCGUAUCUAUCACACAGUUGAGUUUGAAAAUUCGAGUGCGUAGGUUGUGUGCGCGGAUACAAAAUUAAAUUUACAAAAAAAUAAACCCCAAGUGACAUUAUUUUUUACGAACUUUUAUACAAUGACAAGUGUGUGCUCCCAAAAUUCUCACAUGAUGCAGUCACAGCAGAAAUAUAUUAUGGUGCCAGCCGGUGCCACAAUCGUUUACCAGCAACAUCAGAAGCAACUUGCUCCGGCUCCACUCAACCGGAAGGUGACUUCAAUUCUUGGCAUGAAUGGUGUCAAUAUGAUGCCCAGUUCGGUUGGACCGAUUGCCAAGAAGAAAUAUACCUACAACAAUAUGCCUUAUGGUGAGCAGACUCCAUCGGUAGCAAGACGUAAUGCCCGCGAGAGGAAUCGUGUGAAACAAGUGAACAACGGAUUUGCAACUUUGCGCCAGCACAUUCCAUCAACCAUUGUUAGUACGCUGUCAAGCGGUGGUCGAGGUGCCAGUAAGAAACUCAGUAAAGUUGACACUUUACGCAUGGCUGUCGAAUACAUCCGGGGUCUGCAGGAUCUCCUCGAUGAUAGUGAUAGUCAAGGAUCAUCUUAUGGUUCCCCCUCACCAUCAUCAUCAUCGCUUUCGUCAUCGUCCUAUUAUCAAGCUGAAGGUGGUUCUGAUGAAUUUAUGUUGCAAAACUCUUACAAUUCUGAGGCAUCUGCUUCACCAGCUCCUUCAUACAGUUCGGAUGUGUCAAUCGGAAAUAGUGGUAGUGCAAACAACAGCAAUGAAUACUUGCAGUCUUCAUCUAAUGACGAUCAUAUCCAAUUCAAAUUUGAACCUUUUGAUAAUUACGAUCAGAUUGUUGGUGAUACUCCUGAUGAUGAAGAACUUUUGGAUUACAUUUCAUCUUGGCAAGAGCAGUAAAUUUAGAUUCUUAACACAAAAAAACAAACUUAAAAACUUUUUUUCGUCAUCGCUAUAUAAAGUGACGAAAAAUUAAUAUGAGACAUUAUGUCCAGUGAUUUUUAGAUAAAUAGUAAAAAAAGAAAAAUUUUUAUUGGUAAUUUCUAUCAAUAAUUUGU